CGCUCUCCCCUCCUCCUCCUCCGCCAUCACGGUCCUUCACUUGCGCGCCCAUCUGGAGAGCCAGGCCGCAAUUCACCUUUUCCCCGUCCAAGCUCCCGCGGGCCUCUCUGCCUUUGCGCCAUGGCCCCAGCAAACGGCUCUUCUAAAUCUCGCAAGGCGCAGCCGUCCCAAGCAAAGCCUGCCCAGCAGCCCAAGCCGGCAUCGACAAAGCCUGUUGUCCCAGCGCUUCCGCUCUCCUACGCCAAGCGCAAAUCUCAACCUGCCGCCGAUGACGCUCCUCCUGCCGACCAGCCCAAGAAGCACGAUGGCCAGAAUGAGUCGGUAAAGAAGUCGGAAAAGCCAGCCAGCAGCAACAGCUCGCGCGAGGCUGCCGCUGCCGCUGCCCCAGCAAAGACUACCCCGGCGCCAACAACCCAGCACCGCAAGGCCGCCACUGAGACUACAUCUCCUGCAGUCAAGCAAGCUUCAAAGGACGAAGACCAUCCCGCUCCUCAAGUCGUUGGGGCUGACGCUGCGGCUAACAACCAAACGCCAAAGAACCACGCCGCCGUCGCUGUCGAGACGAAACCUGUGGAAAAGACGCAAGCAAAAGACAACUCUGCUCGACCAAAGCCACGAUCCUCUAUGUCUCCCGUUCGAUACCAAAUGCCGCCACCCUUUCAUCCGGCGAACCGGCCUCCACACUUCCACAACAAUGGCGAUAUCCCACGCGGCCCUCCCGAGCCAAUGCACAACGGACAUCGACAUGGCCAUCAGCCUCACCUUAGCAAUAGUAGUGUUCACUUUGGUACCUUUCACGGAUCGCAGACGUCGUCUCCGGCCCCGCUGUCCGGUGGCAGCGUAGCACCUCCUCCUGGCAUUGGUAUGCCAGACGGUCAUCAGCCUUACAUGGGACCCGGCCCCAACGGGUUCCCUCCCGUUAUGCCAUUCGGUGGAGAUAUGAUGCCCGUUCCUGGCUUUGAUAACUUUGGUAGGCCCUCAGUCGGCUUCCCACCCAUGGACUCGUACCCUCCAUACCGAGGCGGUUUCGGUCCAUCGGGACCGCAUAGCUUCCACGGCUCACAGUCAUCCAACGCUGAAGAUAUGGCCAUGUACAACCACUUCCCUCGAGGACCUCCACCCGCCGGCCCUGGCAGCAACCCAGAAGACGCUCGCGCAUCCAACGGCAACGGUACAAUGUUUGGCUUCCCCGGCAUGGCUCGCAACGAUGGCGUCAUGCGACAGCCAGGCGAGCAAGACAAUGCCAUGGAGCUCGCCAACUAUAUCAGCAUGCAGUUUGGCAACCCGCAGUUUGCCGACUGCACCCUCGAACUACGAUAUCUCGACGACCGCGCUGUGCCAGUCAGAAUCCCCGGCCACCGCAUAAUCUUUAGCAGAAACCCCCGACUGGCAGCCCUUAUUCACUCGCAGACCCUUCCACCGAGCCCGAAUGGUACAACAACCCAAACACUCCUCCUCGAAACCGACAGCAAAUGGAUCCGGUCCGAUUCGUUCUACAUGGCCGCACAGCACCUCUACGGGCUUCCGAUUCUCCCUCGCUUCAAGGCUUCCGAGGCCGAACAACUGUCUGAUGCAGGAACGAACGGUGACAAGCUAGACUUUGCUCUCGCCUAUGCUGCCGCUGGUCACUUGCUGCAAUCCGAGGCUGUUUUGAGGCGAGGCUGUGAGGUUGCUGCAGAUCUCAUCAAUUGGCAAACCAUUGAGCGUGUGCUCGAGUUCGCGCUAGAGAAAUUCGUUGACCAUGGUCUGCACGACAAUUACCAGUAUGGCAUUGGCUCCAAGCUUCUCCUCGACGCUGUUGCCAUCUUUAUUGUGCACAACUUCCCGCCUACCUUUGAGCUUGACGCCUUUGUAGCAGAGCCCAUCCAGUUUGCCCGCCUGCCUGUUCGACUCCCGGCUGUUCCCCGCCCCGUCAUCGAAGAAGAAAAGCCUGCUAGCGACGAUGCAACAUCUCCUGUCCAGUUUGGUAGAGGCAAACGCUCGCAGAAGAUUACCAACAUUCAGUUUGGCGACUUGGCCGUGUCUGAGCCCAAACCCGGUAGCGAAUCCGAAACCCCACGAGCCUCGAAGCAAGCGCAGCCGGUAUCCCACGCAAUCCUCUCUCGUAUUCUUCUCAACAUCCCGUUUACUCAUCUCAAGAUGAUUAUGGAAUCCUCGGGCUCCGGCAACGUCCGCGGAUGGGCCAACACCGAAGCUCGGUACAAGAUUGUCAAGAGCGCCAUUGAGGAGCGCGAAUCGCUGCGCCACCGCGCUUUGCAGACUGUGCUUGAUGGCAAAGUGCCCAACUCGGGCGUCAUCGUCAGCAAGCUCCGUUCUCCGGAGCCCCAAGCCGGUGAUGAGUGGAGUGUGCUGGGCUGGGUAGAGGAAAUGUUGCCGUACGGAAACAUGGAUGGCCCAUCACUGGGACGCAAGUGGGUUCCUGUUUCCGGGGGCCAAAACGCCGGGUCAGGAUAUCCAGUGGCUGAUUACCCAUGAUGAAGCGCUACAUUGGACUGAUUUUACGAUUUUGAAAGGCCCGAUGCGCUAGGAAUUAUCGAGACAGGCGGCUUCUAGCCCUCCUCGGCUGACGCUCCACGCUGACCAAUGUUUGGCAGGGUUAGAGUAAAGCAAUUGGGGAUUCGGCGAAGCCAGCUAGGUCUCCUAACAUAGGCUGUCUACCAGCGUGGGAAAUACCCCGAUCUGGUUACGCAUCAUACCAUUUACGGUGCUCCUCAUCCAGCGGCUGAUAUUAACCGCACCAGGAGCAGGUCAGUGGCUCCAUAUCCAGGGUCACUGCAGCUUGCAACUGGGGAUGACAAGGAGCAUGCGGAUCGUCCUAGCAGAGACGAAGAAGCGGGUUCUCGAAGAAGAAUCCGCUUGACGGCAGCCUAUACCUGAUAUCACGGGCAAGACGAAAGGGCACAAGACAUUUUGAUUGGUUGCAUUGGGGCACAGCACAAGAUGGCUGAACAAGAGGGACGACAUGAUUUGUAUAUAGCAUAGCAUUACCAUCAUUAUAUUUUCUUCCAAAAAACUGUAUGAAUUGAUACAUGCAAAUGAAAUACGUCAAUCUUACCUUUUUUUUUCU